CUUUGUAUUGCCACCAACCGUUGGAUUGUUGCGGCUCAUUGCGGUUGAGACGCCUUUGUGAAGAAACCUGAUUUUUUUCUUCUUCUUCUUCUGCAACACACAAGCUUGAAAGAUUCAACAUGACAUCUCCUAGGAAAAUCCAAAUAGACCUUAAAACGAUGAUCACUGACACUAAACAGGAUAUGGACGAUGUGCACCAAGCUCUGGAAAAACUCCGAAGCCUCUCCCAGGAAGAGAGGACCGAGGCAGAAGUGCUGCGUUCAAGAAUUGACGAGCAGUCCACUCUCAUCUGCAUCCUGAAACAGAGAGCGGACGAGAUGCUCCUGCGCUGUCAGGCUCUGGAGAAGAUCAACACAGAGCUGGAGGACCUGAGAGCCAAUGUGCAGCUGGAGCUGGAGAACGAGAGGAAGAAAUCUGCACUGCUGGAGCAGAGAUUCAUGCACCUGGCCUCCAACCACAGAGAGCUCAUCAACUUCAAGAACGAGUACAAAAGUCAGAAUGCCAAGCUGAAGAAAGAGAAUGAGAGAGUCAGACAGGAAAAUGAAACGCUUUUCAGUGAGCAAGUGCAAGAAAAAGAGGAGACAAUCCUCAAACUGACCCAAGAGCUCAAGGACUUGGCAGAGCAACAUAAGAUACUAGAGACGGAGUAUCAGGAGAAAACGACAGGUUUCCAGAUUAAACUGAAAGAACUGAUCAACCUCCAUCAGAUCAAAGAGGCGUCUUUGAAGAACGAGCUAAGCGACACACAGAAGCAGCUGAAGAAUGCUGUAGAGAUGUGUGCAGAGUUGGAUCUCAAACUAAGACAAACAAAGGAAAAAGAAUCAUUGAGAGAGACAGACACUCAGGAAAGACUGAAGAAACUCAUGAAGGAAAAGGAUGAGUUAAUUGAUCUCUCUUUACAGCGGGGAAAAGUUAUUCAGGACAAGCAAGCUGAAAUUCAGGAGCUAGAGAGAAAAAGGCAUGAAGCUGAGAAAAGCAGACUAGAUGCAGAGAACAGGUUUGAAAAGGAAGCAGCAGCCGUGAAGAGCGAGUUAAGGGUGAAGGAACUCCAGGAUGCCUUAGAGAGGGCAGAGGACACCUGCAAUGAGUUGAAAAAGGCAUUUGAGGCAUUUAAAAAGCACAGCAGUGAAAUGCUUGAAAAGGAGAAGGAUUUAAACUGCAAACUUCGCCACAUGGUCAUCUGAGCCAUCCAUCCCAUUUCCAGUGCAUUCAGUCAUUAUAAAGCAAAACUCAUUCACUGACAGCUGAGCUGGAUCAUCGCACUUGGAUUGGUUGUAUAUAAUGAACUAGAAGACGAGGAUGAAGUGAGAUUUUUCUUAAGAGAACGUCUUCCAUUAGUAGAGAGUAGUGUAAUGUCCUUCUGUGAGGAAAAAGUGGAUUUGUUAAUAGUUUGCAAAUAGCUUGUUUUGGCUAACUGUGGUUCUAUGAAAUAAAAAAUAGCAUUUUUAAACUUCAAAUGUGAUUUAAUCGCAUAGGUUCCUGAUGGCAGGGCUGUCGUGAUUAUUAAAGAAUCGCCUGAACAUGAUUAUUUGAGAAGUUACUGAUCGUUGUAAGCUUUGAAUUCCAGGAAUUUUAAACAAAUUUGGAAUGUUUUAAAUGGAAUUUUAACCCCUAUUUUUUUUUUAGCUCUCUCCGACCAAGAAGAUUACAUCGAGUUAGAAUGUUCAAAAUUAAAGGAAAAGU